UCGAGAUUAGUAUUUUUUUAACUGGAUGUGCCCGCCUUGUCUACGGUCAUCUUGAAAUACUAUAUGUUUAUAAUUUCGUGAUUUUAUUUAAAUUAUGUUCGUCCUAACAAAAGAUAAUGAAAAGUUCGUGUUGUUGCCCAAUAAAUCAGUUUACACCGUUGGUCGCCAGUACACAGAUUUAAUUAUCAAGGAGGAUCUCAGUGUCAGUCGUACUCAUGUUAAAUUCCACCUGUCGGGUGAAGGAGAUGCUACCCUCAAUAUUGAGGAUCAAGGCUCCCGAUAUGGCACCUAUAUUUUCUCCGGAAACACUAAUGAAGCGAAGAAAGUAGCUCCUAAAAAAUUGGUUCCUAUACCUGUGGGAGUAAGGGUGCGAUUUGGCGGCACAACAAGUAUUUGGAAAGUAACCCAGCUGAAGAUUGCAACCACUACUUCCUCUUUGGGCCCAGAUGAGGUUCAGGAACUGACGAAGCUGCUGACGCCUUUAGGGGGAGCUGUAACAUCUGCCUGGACGGAAGAAUGUUCACAUCUUACCAUGAAUGGGGCUUCAGUUACUGUGAAGCUGUUGCACGCAAUGUUGGAGAACAAGCCUAUAGUUACGGUCGGCUACUGGCGAAAUAUGUUGCAGGCGGCGCAACGUAUUCACGUAAAGGAAGGAUGGCCCCAGCCUGAGGACUACCAGCCGCCCAACUUAGAUGUAAGAUGGAGGCCCGAGCGCACCCGACUCUUUGCUGGGAAAACGUUCAUCUUUAUGCAUCGCAAACACAUAGAAACCUAUGGAUCAGUCGUGCAAAAAGCUGGAGCCGCCUGCAAGGAUUUAAACAAUGGGGUGCGCAAAACAUUUUUAACCAGAAAGAAUGUGAUAGUUGUCCAGUACGUGCCGUCAACACAGUCUCAGUCCACAGAAUCCGUAAAUUUUGUUAUAGAAACACUAGAGCAGGCUGGACUGAGGAUUAUCCAGGAGUAUGAGAUCGGAAUGGCUUUGAUCCAUUGCUCCAUUGCAGAAUUUUGCAAUCCGCUACACAAACUAGCCAAUGACUCCAUGCCUACCACGGAGUCUAUGACUUCCUCGCUCGCAUUUAACUCCUCUAUCCUGGCACCCAACACAGAACGAAGCGAGCGUCAAUCGAUCCCUACAUUUACAUCGGAACUAGUAGUGCCAGAGUCAGUUGCCUAUGAAUUGGAUGAGUCGGAGGCUCAAAGUGAAAAGAGAUUAAAGGCAAAACGAUGUCAUGCCACAAUUUCGAAAUCUUCGGAUGAAGAGGUGGAAGUUAAUGUCAAACGAGCCAGAUCGAUUACUCAAGAAGAACCAAAGAUUCAAAACAAAGAUCCUGUAAUGAUUGAUUCCUCUGAUGAAGAACCCGCAAAACCACCACUGCCAGCUCCAAAAAGGACAUCGACCAAGGUAAACAGGCCAGUAUAUGUAGACUCUUCGGAUGAAGAAGAUUUUCCUGCUCCAAAAAAAAGGAACUUGACAAAUAAAAAAAGACCAGUAAACGUUGACGUUUCGGAUGAAGAAGAUUCUCAUGCUCCAGAGAAAGGAAAAGAGGUCGAAAAGAAGAGGGAAACUCCCACUCGAUCUUCGUCUCGCCUGAAAACCAACACCGAAGCUGUAAAUGUAACAAAAAAAUUGCCUGAAAAAACAGCCGCAGUUCUAGAAAUGAAGAAUAUAACUAAUGAACCAUCACAGAAUACAAAAGCUAAGUCCAAAUCCAAAACAGUUCUCACAGUAGCUUCGGAUCAAGAUGAUGACGAGCUGUUUACAUUUAGUAAGUCUUCUGAAGAGCCGACACAAUCCACCAAUCUAGGAAAACUUGUGUCGAAGCCUAAUACCCGGUCCAGAAUAAGUGUUGUAAACUUUUUAGAAAAGUCGCAAACGCAGGGCACCCAGCCUACGAGUUCGCAAUCACAUCUCCAGUCGCAAACUCAACCUCGUAAGCGUCUACGUCUGGAACCCUUAAAUGAAAGUGACAGCGAUGACGGCGAAAAUCUCUUUAAUUUUGCUGGCAGCAAAAAGAAAAAGAAGAAUCAAGAGGCGGAGGCUAAAAACGAUUCCAAUGAUGGCUCUUUUAACUUUAGCUUAGUAAAUGAAGUAAAUCAGGAUUCGGUACUCACUGAACCAUUCCCUUCAAAAAUAGAAAACAAGACAGUGUCGAAGUAUGUCGUGCCACAACGAAAGGAGGCGCCUAGAAAAGUGGACGUGAGUGGAUGGUUGUCGGGCAGCAGGCUGCAUCAGACCAUCAAGACAGAGGCGAAUGCCAGCAUGGAUGGAGGCGAAAAUCUCGAAGUUAAACUUGAGAAAUCUAUCAAAGACGAUCCAGAUGAAGAUGAAAAUGACACCACAGCCAACUUGAAGUGGGAAAUUUCUAUGAAGGAUAGCAUUCAGGUGAAAAUGUGUAGCCUCAAUAUUUCUAAUCACUCCCAAGAGGAGGUGGAUGGUACACUUCAGCAUUCUGAAAGCAAAUAUGCCAACCACAAGAACUUCAAGAAGUUUGUAAAGGCUUCCAAUGUGCAGUCCCGUGGCCCAGUACAGAUUGCGCCCCUGAAACGACUCCAGUUGGCAGACGGAAUUGUGACCUGUGUCUAAGUUAUUAUUAUUGACGUUCACUUAUUUAUUUAAUUUUGCUAACAACAAAUUUACGAAAUAAACUCAAAGCUUUAGCAGGA